CAGGGGCCUAUGGCAGGGAGGGCUGGGUGGGGUACGUGGGCAGGAAGCGGAAGCGCCCAGUAACCCCUAGCUGCAGCUGAGCGCGCCAGAGCUCACUUCCACUCAACACAGCCAGAGCUGGUGACGGGCGCCAAGCACCGAGGCCGGCAGACUGAUGGACCUGCCCUGUGCCCUAGGGCUCGGGACAUUGCUGGCCCUGCCAGGGGUCCUGGGCUCAGGCAGCGGCGCCCAGGACAGUGAGGGCUCCAACUCCGUCACUGUCGUCGUGCUGCUGCUGCUGCUCCUGCUGCUGGCCACCGGCCUGGCGCUGGCCUGGCGCCGCCUCAGCCGUGACUCGGGGGGCUACUACCACCCGGCCCGCCUGAGCGCCGCGCUGUGGGGCCGCACCCGCCGCCUCCUCUGGGCCAGCCCACCAGGCCGCUGGCUCCGGGCCCGGGCCGAGCUGGAGUCGCCCGAUGAGGACCCAGAGCGGCAGCAGGACGAGCAGGACGUGGAAGAGGACUACCACCUGGUGGGUGGCCUGGAGGAGGCAGAGUCCCAGGAAGAGGGUCAGGGAUGCGGAGAGGGGCCCGGCCCACAGCACGUCCCAGAGCCAGCGGAGGAAGCACAUGACAGUAACAUCGAAGGGGGCCUGGGCCUCGGCGCCCAGGGGCCAGCGGGCUCGGGGGGCAGCGCCGAGGCCCUGCUGAGCGACCUGCACGCCUUUGCUGGCAGUGCGGCCUGGGACGACAGCGCCAAAGCGGCUGGGGGCCAGGGCCUCCACGUCACCGCACUCUAAGAGCCAGCGAGGUGUCCCAUCCCUGUCACUGUGCCUUUGUCUCCCAAGCUGCCCUGCCCUGGACCCAUCGUCACCCACACCCCCCCCAUGAAGAGUCUCAGACGAUUGCUCCCCCACCAGUUCUAUCCCCAAACCUGUGCAUCCCUGUCCCCACUAGGAAGGCCGCCCAUCCCUAGGGGCACUGGGCAGCCAUCUGAAAUAAAACCGCUCUGGCCCUGUG